GUUAGUCUGUGCGCUGGCCCGGCAGCGGGGGGGUAGGAAGGGAAUCUCCCGCCAUUUUUCAAUAAUUUCCUCCGGUGCCCGCUGGAGAGGAGUCGUGACUAGCGGCGGCGGCGGCGGAGAUCGGCGGGAGGCGAAAGGCGCCGGAAGGAGCGAGGAGGAUAUCUCGGUUUCUUCCCCCUCGCGGCUUUCCCCUCGCUUCCAUGGCCGUGGCGCGGUCCCGCCAGCUCUGAGGGAAGCCGGAGUUCGCGCCGCCCUCUCACCCCUCCCCUCCCCCACCGCCCCGGGAGCCAGGCGCUUCGCUCGCUCGUUCGCUCGGAGCCGCCGGGGCCUAGCUCUGCGCGGCCGAGCGGCCGAGCCUCCGGCGCUCCGUGCCCGCCGCUGCCGCGAUGGCGCCGCUGCUGGGCCGCAAGCCCUUCCCGCUGGUGAAGCCGCUGCCGGGAGAGGAGCCGCUCUUCACCAUCCCGCACACUCAGGAGGCCUUCCGCACCCGGGAAGAGUAUGAAGCCCGCUUGGAAAGAUACAGUGAGCGCAUUUGGACAUGUAAGAGCACUGGAAGCAGUCAGCUAACACACAAGGAGGCCUGGGAGGAGGAACAGGAAGUUGCUGAACUUUUAAAGGAGGAGUUCCCUAGCUGGUACGAGAAACUUGUUCUGGAAAUGGUUCACCACAACACAGCGUCCUUAGAGAAGUUAGUGGACUCCGCCUGGCUGGAGAUCAUGACCAAAUAUGCCGUGGGAGAGGAGUGUGACUUUGAGGUUGGAAAGGAGAAAAUGCUGAAGGUAAAGAUUGUGAAGAUUCAUCCUUUGGAGAAAGUUGAUGAAGAGGCUGCUGAGAAGAAAUCUGAUGGGUCUUGUGAUUCUCCAUCAAGUGACAAAGAGAAUUCCAGUCAAAUGGCUCAGGACCACCAGAAGAAAGAGACAGUAGUCAAAGAGGAUGAAGGCAGGAGAGAGAGUAUUAAUGACAGAGCACGUAGGUCUCCACGAAAACUUCCUACUUCGUUAAAAAAAGGAGAAAGGAAAUGGGCUCCUCCAAAAUUUCUGCCUCACAAAUACGAUGUGAAGCUACAAAAUGAAGAUAAGAUCAUCAGCAAUGUGCCAGCAGACAGCUUGAUUCGAACAGAGAGGCCACCAAAUAAGGAGAUUCUUCGGUACUUUAUUCGGCAUAAUGCCUUACGUGCUGGUACUGGUGAAAAUGCACCUUGGGUGGUAGAAGAUGAAUUGGUGAAGAAAUAUUCCCUGCCUAGCAAAUUCAGUGACUUUUUACUUGACCCUUACAAGUACAUGACUCUCAAUCCCUCUACCAAGAGGAGGAAUAAUGGAUCUCCAGACAGGAAGCCCUCAAAGAAACCUAAAAGAGACAAUUCUUCUCUAAGUUCCCCACUAAACCCUAAGCUAUGGUGUCAUGUGCACUUGGAGAAGUCGUUAAAUGGCCCACCACUGAAAGUGAAGAACUCAAAGAAUUCCAAGUCUCCAGAAGAGCAUUUGGAAGAGGUGAUGAAAAUUAUGUCCCCCAACAAACUACACAGCUUUCACAUUCCUAAGAAAGGCCCAUCCACCAAGAAGCCAGGGAAGCACAGCGACAAACCUUUGAAGGCCAGGGGCAGAGGCAAAGGCAUCUUGAAUGGACAGAAGUCCACAGGCAGUUCCAAAUCACCCAGCAAGUGUGUGAAGACUCCCAAGACCAAAAUGAAACAGAUGACUUUGUUGGAUAUGGCCAAAGGGACCCAGAAGAUGACUCGAGCCCCCCGGAGUUCUGGGGGUGUACCAAGGUCCUCGGGUAAACCUCAUAAACACCUGCCUCCUGCUGCCCUGCAUCUGAUUGCCUAUUACAAAGAAAAUAAAGACAAAGAGGACAAGAAGAGUGCCCUGUCCUGCGUUAUCUCCAAAACAGCACGUAUCCUCUCCAAUGAAGAUAGAGCCCGUCUUCCAGAAGAGCUACGGACUCUUGUGCAGAAACGCUAUGAGCUCCUGGAACAUAAAAAGAGGUGGGCCUCUAUGUCUGAAGAGCAACGAAAGGAAUAUUUGAAAAAGAAACGGCAGGAGCUAAAAGAGAGGUUGCGGGAAAAAGCCAAGGAACGGAGAGAGAAAGAAAUGCUGGAGAAGUUAGAAAAGCAGAAACGGUAUGAGGACCAGGAGUUAGGCGGCAGAAACCUCCCAACAUUCAGGCUGGUAGAUACUCCUGAAGGGCUGCCCAACACGCUUUUUGGAGAUGUAGCCCUGGUGGUGGAGUUCCUGAGCUGUUACUCUGGGUUGCUCUUGCCUGAUGCUCAGUACCCCAUCACUGCUGUGUCCCUAAUGGAAGCCUUGAGUGCAGAUAAAGGUGGGUUUUUGUACUUGAACAGAGUGCUGGUCAUUCUGCUGCAGACCUUACUUCAGGAUGAAAUUGCCGAAGACUAUGGAGAACUGGGGAUGAAGCUGUCAGAAAUCCCCCUCACUUUGCAUUCUGUCUCAGAGCUGGUUCGGCUUUGCUUGCGCAGGUGUGAUGUCCAGGAGGACAGUGAGGGCUCAGAAACAGAUGACAAUAAAGAUUCCUCACCAUUUGAGGACAGUGAGGUGCAAGAUGAGUUCCUCGAGAAGCUUGAGACCUCAGAAUUCUUUGAGCUGACAUCAGAAGAGAAGCUACGGAUAUUGACAGCUCUCUGCCACCGGAUCCUCAUGACAUACUCUGUCCAAGACCACAUGGAGACAAGACAGCAGAUGUCUGCAGAGUUGUGGAAGGAGCGUCUCGCUGUGCUGAAGGAGGAGAAUGAUAAGAAGAGAGCAGAGAAACAAAGGAGGAAAGAGAUGGAAGCCAGAAAUAAAGAAAAUGGCAAAGAGGAGAAUGGGCUAGGCAAAAUGGACAGGAAAAAAGAAAUUGUGAAGGUUGAGCAUCAAGUCGAAAUGGAAGCAGAUGACAUGAUCAGUGCUGUCAAAAGCAGAAGGCUGCUUAGCAUGCAAGCUAAGAGGAAGCGGGAAAUCCAGGAGAGAGAAACAAAAGUGAGAUUGGAACGGGAAGCUGAAGAGGAACGAAUGCGGAAACACAAGGCGGCUGCUGAGAAGGCUUUCCAGGAAGGGAUUGCCAAGGCGAAACUUGUACUUCGCAGGACGCCUAUUGGUACAGACCGCAACCAUAACAGAUACUGGCUCUUCUCAAAUGAAGUCCCAGGAUUAUUCAUUGAAAAGGGCUGGGUGCAUAACAGCAUUGACUACCGGUUUAAGCAUCACCGCAAAGACCACAACAGUUCACCUGAUGAGGAUUACUGUCCCCGCAAUAAGAAAGCAAGUCUAGGCAAAAAUGCCAGUAUGAAUGCACACCAUGCAUCAGCACUAGAAGCUGCUGUGGAGACCACGGUGCCCAAGCAAGGACAGAACCUAUGGUUCUUAUGUGAUAGUCAGAAGGAACUGGAUGAACUGCUAAAUUGCCUUCAUCCUCAGGGAAUAAGAGAAAGUCAGCUUAAAGAGAGACUGGAGAAAAGGUACCAAGAAAUUACUCACUCCAUUUAUCUGGCUCGGAAGCCAAAUUUGGGUUUAAAAUCUUGUGACGGCAAUCAGGAACUCUUGAACUUCCUGCGGAGUGAUCUUAUUGAAGUGGCAACAAGGCUGCAGAAAGGAGGACUUGGCUACAUGGAGGGAACAUCAGAGUUUGAAGCCCGGGUCAUUUCCUUAGAGAAGCUGAAAGAUUUUGGUGAAUGCGUCAUUGCCCUUCAGGCUAGUGUCAUAAAGAAAUUCCUGCAAGGAUUCAUGGCUCCCAAACAGAAGAAAAGGAAACUUCAAAGUGAAGAUUCCACAAAGUCUGAGGAAGUGGAUGAAGAGAAAAAAAUGGCUGAGGAAGCAAAGGUUGCCUCUGCACUGGAAAAAUGGAAGACAGCAAUCCGUGAAGCACAGACCUUUUCCAGAAUGCACGUUCUACUUGGGAUGCUUGAUGCGUGUAUCAAGUGGGAUAUGUCUGCAGAAAACGCUAGGUGCAAAGUUUGUCGGAAAAAAGGUGAAGAUGACAAGCUGAUCCUGUGUGAUGAAUGUAAUAAAGCCUUCCACCUGUUUUGUCUGAGGCCGGCCCUCUAUGAAGUACCAGAUGGUGAGUGGCAGUGUCCAGCUUGCCAGCCUCCUACCGCUAGGCGAAAUUCCCGUGGCAGGAAUUACACUGAAGAGUCUACCUCUGAGGACAGUGACGGUGAUGAGAGUGGUGAAGAGGAAGAAGAGGAAGAGGACGAGGAGGAGGAGGAGGAAGAGGAGGAAGAGGAUUAUGAAGUGGCUGGCUUGCGGUUGAGACCCCGAAAGACCAUCCGUGGCAAGCAGAGCGUUAUCCCUGCAGCAAGGCCAGGCCGACCACCGGGUAAGAAGUCACGUUCUGCCAAGAGAUCACGGCCAAAGGCCCCACCUGGGGAUGACACAGAAGUUGAAGAACUGGUACUUCAGACCAAGCGUAGUUCAAGGAGGCAGAGUCUGGAGCUACAAAAAUGUGAGGAAAUCCUCCACAAACUGGUGAAGUACCGCUUUAGCUGGCCCUUCCGGGAGCCUGUGACCAGAGACGAGGCUGAGGACUACUAUGAUGUGAUCGAUCACCCCAUGGACUUCCAGACCAUGCAGAACAAAUGCUCGUGUGGGAACUACCGAUCUGUGCAAGAGUUCCUCACCGACAUGAAGCAAGUGUUUACCAAUGCUGAGCUCUACAACUGCCGUGGCAGCCACGUGCUAAGCUGUAUGGGGAAGACAGAGCAGUGUCUGUUGGCUCUGCUGCAUAAACAUCUCCCUGGCCAUCCCUAUGUCCGCAGGAAACGCAGGAAGUUUCCUGAUAGGCUCGCUGACGAUGAAGGGGACAGUGAUUCAGAGUCUGUUGGACAGUCCAGGGGACGAAGACAGAAGAAGUAAAGAGGGCCCUAGCAAGGCAGCCGUAGGGGGGAAUAGGAGGAGAACACCAAAGGGUGUGGGAGAGGCAAGAAAGAAGCUGGGAGGACUUAAAGGGGAAGUGACUGUAGCAUCCCGAAAUGCCUGUCAUGCCAAGCUUGGGCUUUUUCUGCAACUCCCCAUGGGGCCCUUUUCAAGCAAAGCCAAGCUCUUAGGGAGUAUGGUACUGGCCUGGUGAACCCUGCCCAGAAAAACUAGCAGCAGAAGUGGGCCUCCCUGAGUUCUGAGAGCUGGGAGAAGCCUGGAUAUGGCUUCUCCUGUGAGCUCUGCCCUCCUCCUCUUCCCCCUCCUGACUUUACAGCAGUGCCAAGCCUGGGUCUCCAGAGAGGGUACUGUAUCCCACAGUAGGAAGGAGCAUCAUCUGGCCAUGCUGGUUGAGGUGUGGAUCUUUUUGAAUUUAUAUUUAUAUACAGUCCUAUUUCUUUAUGUCCGCACUAUCUCUUCCUCCUCCCUCUCAGGGACAGUAUCAGCUAGUGCCAUACAGAAUUCUGUGUUCACCAGCAUCUUGGGACAGUGUGGGCUUUGAGUUGAUCAUGGCAGAGUAGAGGGACAUUUUCUGGAGCUGUUCCUGAGCACCCUCUCCAUUGUGCAGCCCUUCCCUACCCUCACCCCUCACCGCCUCAUAAAAAACAAAGCAAACUAAGGCACUUCCCGUAGAGACUGGAGUCCUGCUUCUAAUCAUGCUAUGAUCUUGGCUUUGAUGGGUCUGGCCAGAGGGGUGUUGGGGCCCAGCCCACCCGCAAACCAGACAAGCCCCUAGGGAGCCAAAAAAAAGAGCAGGAAGAAGUUAAAAUGUUUUAAUUUUUUAAAUUGACUUUUGUAGUUACUAAAGUUGCUUGUUUCUGCAGUGAUAUUGUAUAAAGAACAUCUUGUAAAAUACUUGUCAUCUUGCUUUGGCACAUGUACAGUACAGUUUCUAUGAUAUGUGUUCGCUUUACUCCCCUCCUCAGAGAGGGCAGCGGGAUCUGGGGUUGAGCCCUCUCUCUGCCCUGGUGGCGCUCUCCUUUCCUGUGGGUACCCACUCCUCUAGGACCCACCCUGCAGACCUAGUCCUUUCCAGUGGACUGUAGCCGGUGUCAGCAGCAGGAGAAGGUGGGGAGGGCCAGCUCUGCCCUUCGUAGCCAGUCUAGCCUCGUGUUGUAUUUAGGCAAAAGUUUGUAGUCUGCUUUCCCUUUUAUGACAGAUUUUGAUAAAAGUACAAGACAGGGUUUAACUUUUCUUUUCUAUCUAUUUUUAAUUUGGAAAAUGUGAGCCACUCAGCUCUCCUUAUUUAAAGGAAGAUAAGCCCACCAGGCCAAGAGGUUCACCACUUGGGCAGAAGAAGGCCUGGCUGUGACUUCUGUGUAUAACCCAGUCCAGUGGCUGAGGAAGGUUUCCCUCCCCUCUUCUGUGGGCUAGGUUGGGGUUAGCACUAACACUGAUGCCGUGAUCCUUGGCACCUCAACCUCCCUGCUUCUAACUGGUGUUUUAGCAGAAAGCUGGUAUUUCCACUGCAGUGACAUCUGCAUGGUGGCUUUUUAAAUUGUUUUAAAGGAGGAAGGGCUGCGGCUAAAGGUAGACUUGUAAUAAAUUGGAUUUCAAAUAAACAUUAUGUACUUGUGUUUAUAAAGAAGAGA